CUCGCAGAGCCCAGACGUAGGUGGCAGGGCUGGAGAGCAGCUGGAGUGAGGCUGUGCCAAGGACCGGGCAGAGCGCCGAGACGCGCGGACCGUGCCUCCCUCCCCUCCAGAGCAACCCCUGCUCCUCUCUCUGUCCCCAGGCCCCAGUCACCCUCCGGAUGCCGGUGCUGCCGCCCCCUUGUCCCCAGCCCCUGGCGCUUCCCUCAGUAGAGGCCAUGGAGGCCCCGUUCCCUCGUCCAGGCAGGUGCCCGGAACCUGGACCUUCCUCCUCCACUGCACCUCCCCAGACUUCGACCUCUCCGAGGCCAAGCCACUACCUUCUCAUUGACACCCAGGGUGUCCCCUACACUGUGCUGGUGGACGAGGAGUCACAGAGGGAGCCCGGGGCCGAUGGGGCUUCAGGCCAGAAAAAGUGCUACAGCUGCCCGGUGUGCUCGAGGGUGUUUGAGUACAUGUCCUACCUUCAGCGACACAGCAUCACCCACUCGGAGGUGAAGCCCUUCGAGUGUGACACAUGCGGGAAGGCGUUCAAGCGGGCCAGUCACCUGGCGCUUGGGGGGGGUCACUAA